CAAUCGCAGAGGAACCAAAACAACUUCCCGAGAGAGAAGGCAGAGACAAAAACCAAUAGCCAUGGCUAAACUCAUGUGCUUAUGUUGCCUCCUCAUGGCUAUGGCAGUGGCCGUGUCGGCUGACGGCUGCGAGGGUGACCGGAAGGACAUGAUCCGGGAGUGCGGCAAGUACCAGCAAUGGCCGGCGGAGCCGAAGAUGGAUCCGUCAGAUGCUUGUUGCGCCGUGUGGCAGAAGGCGGACAUCCCGUGCCUCUGCGCCGGUCUCACCGCGGAGAAACAGAAGCUAUGGUGCAUGGACAAGGUCGCGUAUGUUGCCAAUUUCUGCAAGAAGCCGUUCCCGCAUGGCUACAAGUGCGGAUCCUACACAUUUCCUCCUCUGGGGAAAUAACGAUGCAGUCGUAGGAGGAGAAGCGCCGACCGGGGUUUAGCUUCUUGUGCCUGCAAUAAUCUGAGCUUCCCUUCCAUGCAAUCCAUGAAGUUGUGCGCACAAUAGAUUAUGUUCAGCACUCUGUAUGGAAAUAAUUGUGAAACUAAUAAAACCUUUCCCUCA